AUUAAAUUAUCAAUAAAUGACACAUAGUUAUGGUUUGAAGAAGGGUACAAGAAGCAAAUUUGCAAAGCCUUUUAGAGGUCAUGGAAAUAUUUCAAUUCGCAAGACCCUUUAAACAUUUAGAAGAGGUAAGAAUUUCAAGCAAUAAAUUAAAAGGUGAUUUUGUUGAUAUAUUGGUUGAUGGUGCUUAACAUAAAGGUGUUCCCUUUUAAUAUUAUCAUGGUAGAACUGCAAGAGUAUUCAAUGUAAAUCCAAGAGGAAUUGGUGUCUCUUUGUAAAGAAGAGUGAGAGGAAGAUAUGUAGAGAAACGUUUCCAUGUUAGAGCUGAUCAUUUAAGACCAUCAAAAUGCAGAUAAGAGUUUGUUAAGAGAGUUUAAGAAAAUGAUAAGAGAAAGACUGAAGCAAAGAAAAAUAAAUAAGUUAUUUCAACUAAACGAUAACCAGUAUAACCAAGAGAAGCUGUUGUUGUUAUUCCUAAAUAAACAACUUUCUAACAUCCGAAGGCAUUUGUAGAAAUUAUUUGAUAAAUCAUAAUAAAUCAGUAUAUUAAAAUGAAC